AAGAGGCAGCUAACAAUAAUGAGCAUUUUAAGAAAGGACUCAUCUUCUCACUGACUUUCACUCUCCCCAAGACAUCAAGGCGAUUGACUGGAGACCAAUAAUUCACAGAACCUUUGGCAUCCUCAAGAGUCAUCAGCUAAGCAAGUCCCCCAUUUGCACAGUGAUAUUGAUUGAGGAAAUGGACUUGCGUGUGUGAGGCAUCAACAUUAGAGGUACACGGUUUCGUUAUGACAACCUGCUGUAUAGAAGAUGUCAACGCUGUCUGUGACUGAUAUCCCAGAUGUUGGUCAUGAUGAGAGUAAAGUGUUUGACAAUGCUGCAGAGCUGCAGUUGGACUGCAUGGUUGAGGAGAGCAAUGGCGGCACCAGAAUGAAGAAGCAUGGAAGUCUGCUAUCUCUUAGUGACUUGUCCCAGCCAGAUGACGUCCACGCUCCACCUCAUAAUGGCCCUACUAUGACUGGGAUGAACAGCCAUAUGCCAGUAGAGUCAAGUGACACCAAACCCGACCCUGCAGCGGGUGACACAUCCACCAGCAUAGAUGGUCAGCCUGUAAAAAGAAAGAAGGGUCCUGCCCCGAAGAUGCUAGGAAAUGAGGUGUGCAGUGUAUGUGGGGACAAGGCCUCUGGUUUCCACUACAACGUCCUCAGCUGUGAGGGCUGCAAGGGCUUUUUUCGACGCAGUGUCAUCAAAAGUGCCCAGUACUCCUGCAAGAACAACGGACAUUGCGAAAUGGACAUGUACAUGCGACGCAAGUGCCAGCAAUGUCGCCUGCGCAAGUGCCGCGAGGCAGGCAUGCUCGCGCAGUGUGUUCUUUCUGAAGAGCAAAUCCGGCGCAAGAAAAUGAAGAAGCAGCACGAUGAUGAAACAGCCCGUUCGUCGACAGUGGUCACUCCCACUCCUCCGCAAGAAACAACUACACUGGAUCCACAGCAGCAGGAAAUGAUCGAGAAGCUGGUGGCUAUGCAGAAGCAAUGCAACAAAAGAUCCUUCCUCGAUCGACCAAAAGUGACGCCAUGGCCACAGAAUCAGGAUCUGCAAAACCGAGAAGUGCGUCAGCAGCGUUUCGCCCACUUCACUGAGCUUGCAAUCAUGUCGGUCCAGGAGAUUGUGGAUUUUGCCAAGCAGCUUCCUGGAUUUCUCGAGCUCACAAGGGAGGACCAGAUUGCACUGUUGAAGACGUCAACCAUAGAAAUUAUGCUGCUGGAGACGUCUCGUCGAUACAACCCUGCCAUUGAGAGCAUUACGUUUCUAAAGGAUUUUAGCUAUAAUAAGGAGGAUUUCGCAAAAGCAGGCCUUCAGUUUGAGUUCAUCAAUCCCAUCUUUGAGUUUUCUAAAGGAAUGAAUGAUCUGCAGUUGGACGAAGCUGAAUAUGCUCUUCUUAUUGCCAUCAACAUAUUUUCAGCAGAUCGGCCAAAUGUGCAGGAUCAUGAUCUUGUGGAGAGGUUACAGCAACCGUACGUUGACGCUCUGCGCUCUUACAUCAUGAUAAAGAGACCAAAUGAUCACUUGAUGUUCCCACGCAUGCUGAUGAAGCUGGUGAGCCUCCGUACGCUAAGCAGCGUGCAUUCCGAGCAGGUUUUUGCCCUCCGCCUUCAGGACAAAAAACUUCCCCCGCUGCUGUCGGAAAUUUGGGACGUCAACGAGUGACUGCAGUCCCGAUAUCACACUCCCUGGCUUUUCCUGAAUUUCAUGACUUGGCACGGCAUCGCGCAGGAGCCUGAACCCAUCUCAUGUGGUCAUGGACUCCUUCCCGCAUUGCGCUGCUGUUGGGUUUUUUUUUGUGAGGAGUGUCAAUGCCCUUUUGCUCUGAGAUGGAGGUCGUGGUUUUUCCUUUUUGUGGAUGCAGGCAUGAUUUUCCCCGACAUGUAAUGCCAGCAGGAUGCUUUUGGAUGAUUUCUGGAAAUGGAGUGCAGUACUAAUUUCGUUAUCUAACAGCUACAGUCAGAAUGCUCUCGGAAUAAUAGUUGCUUCAUGUCAUGAUUCCAGCCGGGCUUACAGUUAAUUUAUUCAGUAGUAACUUGGGUACAGCUGCAGUUCAGGUUUGUUCCAUACAUCCUGGUAGGAGACAUGCUUGUGUACAUUUUGGAAGCAGUGCAGUACAGAGAAUCGGUGUAGUUGCUCAGGUAAACUAAUGUGAAGUAGAUGCAUCCUUUAAUAGAUCACUUGGGUGGGAUCCUGUUUAUCAACAAUGCACACAAAUUAUUUAUUUUUAUGUGUGAAGUCUCCACAAGAUUGUAUGAAUAAAAUACUAAUCCUUAGUAAUAGCAAACGACUAAAGUGAUGUCAUGGAUCACAUAAAACAAAAGGGGUGGGGGGACAUACAGUGGAACCCUGAUUUACAAACUUAAUUUGUUCUUGAAAGAAGUUUGUAAUUCGAAAUGUCCUUAAAGUGAAGCAAAUUUCUCCAUAAGAAACAAUGUAAUUAUAAAUAGUGGGUUCCAGCCUUGACAAAAGUCCCCAUUUUAGUGAAGGUUUGUACACUUUGAACUAUACAGUGCUGCACGGCCGGGUGAUAUGGAUGAAAAAGUAUACAGUAUCUCGACAUAUUUUUACUUAAACUCGAUAUUUCAUAUAUAUAUCGGUAUAUUUUUCGGUGAAAGUAUACAUAUAAAGAUAUUCAUUUUUGAGCGAUAUUCAGUAAAACAACUGUUCUGUAAACAGUCAGUGGCACUUUUAUUGACCCAGUUAGUCAAGAUGGGGAUUAAAAGCAGAGAGAAGAAACUGUUUAAGUCAGGGGUGUCCAAACAUUUUCCACUGAGAGCCGCACACUGAAAAAUCAAAGCAAGCUGGGGCCAUUUUGAUAUUUUUUUUAUUUUAAAAACCAAUACAAAAUAUGUAUAAAAAUAUACAUUUAGGCCUCCACUCAGGCUUGGUCCCGGGGACACCAAGGGGUUUUGGUCAAAAAAAUAUAAAAAAUGUGUCAUUAUUCAGUAUUAUUAUCAUUAUAGGCUUAAAUCUCUCAAUCAACAUUAGGUCUGUCUGUCUGUCAAUAUAACAUUUAAAAAAAAAUCAAGUUGUAUGCUCUUUUUGUCAAAGAAAACCAUUUUUUAAUAGAAAAAACACAAAAAAUACAAUAUUUUCACCCAAUAAAAAUUUUAAGUGGAAUAUUUUAGAUUAUAUAAUAAGUGUAGCUUUAAAAAGGUCAAUAAGUCAUAUCAACAUUGAUUUUUAUUCAUUAUUAUUUUUUGAGCAAUGGCACUUAAAAAAAAAUCACACUAAAAUAAUUGGGGAUCUAAAACAGUCCUAUUCAUUAAAGUGUUAAAAAAUUAAUUAUAAUUAUUUUGUUUACUUUUAACACAUUAAUCUCUAGAUCAACUUCAGAUCUAUCCGUCAAUUAUAUGUAUUAUUGUUGUUUAUGUUUUUUGUUUGUUCAUUUUAAAACAAAAACGUGUGGCAAACACAAAAUAUUCAACAUUUUACACAAAAUAUAUCUCAAAGUGGAAUAUUUAAUGUGACGUAAUUGGUGCCUUGAAUAGGUCAAUAAUUCAUAAUGACAUUGAUUUUGAUUCAAUAUUUUUUUAAAGAAAGAAACAGCCUGCAUGGCAGCUUUGUAUUAGAAUCAAAAUUGCAACAUUUUCUUGUUAAAUUUCACCUGUUUUCUCUUUUAUACUACUGUUUAUGUUUUGUAUUUUUUUAAUCAUAUUUUUAGAAUGUGGCGUUGGGCCGUUAAAAAAUUCUCUGCGGGCCGCAAAUGGCCCCCGGGCUGCACUUUGGACAUCUCUGGUUUAAGCAGUGUGGAAUUACAUAACAUACAUAAAAUUGAAAAAUGUUAUUUUUACGUAAAAUAAAUUACAGUCGUGCAAAUAAUACAUCCAUCCAUCCAUUUUCUACCGCUUAUUCCCUUUUGGGGUCGCGGAGGGCGCUGGCGCCUAUCUCAGCUACAAUCGGGCGGAAGGCGGGGCUACACCCUGGACAAGUCGCCAAAAUGUAUCAAACUCUGAUUAAAAAAAACAAACAAAUUUACAUUUUCGAUGACCCGCCAUAUCUUGCCUCUGAUUGGCCUGUCUGUAAACAAUCAACCAAUCAUGGAUGUUCUUACACUGCAAGCAUGUCUUGGAAGGAAGGGGAGGGGUUUAGUCACCCAUGGGGGGAGAGCAGGGGAGAACAAGGAACACAAACAAAUAAGCGGCGUUUGGUCAUUUUAACGUGAAAUAAAUUAUGUCGAUAUUACGCUAUUUUCUUAUUUCAUAUCUUGUUUAAAAAUAAUCGCUAUAUCUUACAAACUUGAUAAAUCGCCUAGCCUUACAGUGCUGUAUAUCAAACAAACAUACAUGCUGCUCUGCCAACACACUCAGAGUCACUCGGGUGCCCUCACAAAACCAUCAGAAAUCACAAAAAUCCCGAACUUUGACAACAAUAUUGCUUCAAUCGAAAACAUUUCAUCCACUUGCAUUAACAUUGGUAAGGAGCUGGCGAAAAAAGCAGACAGAGAGUGAAGGAAUCGGUGGGCGAGUUAGGAACCGUGUGUGUGCUGAAAGAGACGUGUGCCUUCUCUGCUGCUGUGAAAUAAGUCUGCUUUGGUGUCUUUUCUCAGAAAAGUAUGGUCUCAUCAGGGACGGCGUGGCGCAGUGGAAGAGUGGCUGUGCGCAACCCAAGCGUCCCUGGUUCAAUUCCCACCUAGUACCAACCUCGUCACGUCCGUUGUGUCCUGAGCAAGACACUUCACCCUUGCUCCUGAUGGGUGCUGGUUGGCGCCUUGCAUGGCAGCUCCCUCCAUCAGUGUGUGAAUGGGUAAAUGUGGUAGUGUCAAAGCGCUUUGAGUACCUUGAAGGUAGAAAAGCGCUAUACAAGUACAACCCAUUUAUCAUUUAUCACAAACGAAGUAUGGUCUUAUCAUACUUGUGAGUGCCAUUUAUGUACUCCUCGUUAAUAGUCUUCAGCGAUUCCCUUCUUUCUACGCCGGUCUGUUGUCUUUUUGGGACUCAUAUUGAGUUGGCAAAAUGGACAAAACACAGAAAAGUGACUGUUAGUGUAGUGCGGAGCAAGUGGCGUUGAGAGGGCACUGCUUUUGGCCUGCAGGCUGGACACAACAUGAAUGAAUGAAUGGAGAGACAUGGUUUGCGCAUUGGAAGUUUAUUUGGCUUGAUCUAAAAGUUUGUAAAUCGAGAAGGUUUGUAAAUGGAGGUUCCACUGUUCAUGUAUGAGAGAUACAAAGGACCACAUAGCUCCUAUUCAACUGGUAAUGUCUGAGAACUUAUUGAACUGGGAUGUUUAGUCUUGUUAAAAGUAGAACUUUUUAUGACUUCAGAAAGAUGGACAUAUUUGUGCUUCCUCUCGUAGUAACAAGUUGAAAUGCAACAAAGGCUGAUGUGGACAAAAGUGGAAGAAAUUACCUUUGACGUAUUUAUAGUUUCGGAUGUACAGCAUGAGAAACAUGAGCAAGAUUACACUUCUUGGAUUGUUCUCAUUUGUCUCAACCGCUGUUUAAUAGGAAGCGCCAAUAACCAUUUCAGAACUAUUUCACAGCAUAACCAUUGUUUUUAUUUAAAUUACGGUGAUAUCACCUCUUGACUUUUAAUUUACACUUCCUUGGAGCAUUUGAAUAGUUGGAAAUGUUACCGUAAAAUUAAGUAUACUAGCACAAUACAGUUUUCAGCACUUUGUGUGGUGUUCCUCAACUGUAACAGGCAUAAACUGAUGCUAUUUGAAUGUCUUUUUUAAAAGAAUCUUCCAGAUGUGUUUUAUAUAUUUCUUUUUUUCAUAGCAGACGUGUGCUCAUCCUAGCGGGGAAAAGCACAGAUGGUUCCAAUAUGCUAUGUUUUGUUGAGAUUUACUGGCAAGCAGGUGUGGAAAUUAGAUGCAAUUGAAGUGUGUACCAUUGCACGUUGUAAUUAUGAAAAAGGGUCUUGAUUUGUACCUGGAAUGGCGUUGAAUGUGUGUUACAGACCCUAACAAAUCAAAAGCAAACAACAGUACCGGUUUUUGACUAACACUUGCAAGUAAAAAAAAUACUCUUGGUCGUCGAUGACAUUUAAUUUAUGUUCAAAAUUUUUUUUUUUAUUAAAUAAUGAAAUUGAAUUAAUGAAGCAGUGUGGUUUAAAGUAGCCUGCAAGGUAGUCUGUGUGCAGUCCUCUAAUCAAACAAGAUUGUACGCGCUAAAACACGUCCAUGUUUGGCUAAUGUGACCUAAUGUUGACCUUUUGAUCUCUGAAUCUUGUUCCAGUUCUUCUGUCUGCAAGGGGCAAUGCUGUAAAAAGAGGGUUGGAGUAGAGAAUUAUAUUUUAAUACAUGUAACUGCCAAGAAUCGUCUUGUUUUGUAUGUACGGUAAAUUAAAGCUGAAAUAUGAAUCUUA